CCCAAAACUGGCUCAGACAACUCGCUGUUCUCUCCCAUCCAACCUCCAGUCGCUGACUGCCAGCGCGAGCAUCAUGGCCCCGAAGAAAGUCGAACCCAAGAAACCGGAGCCCAAAAAACCUGAGGCCAAGAAGGAGGAGACCCCGGCUCCGGCUCCCGUCCCCGAGGAGCCCAAAGAGCCCCAGAUGGACCUGAAGAGCAUCGUGCUGGAGUUCACCCCGGACCAGAUCGAGGAGUUCAGGGACGCCUUCACCUUGUUCGACGAGACGCCGACCGGCGAGAUGAAGAUCAGGUACGCCCAGUGCGGGGACGUCAUGAGGGCUCUUGGCCACAACCCCACCAAUGCUGACGUCCACGUGGUGCUGGGUAAGCCCAAGCUUGAAGAGAUGAACAGCAAGAUGCUGGACUUCGAGACCUUCCUGCCCAUGCUGCAGCACAUCUCCAGGGCCAAGGACCAGGGCACCUUCGAGGACUUUGUGGAGGGCCUGAGGGUCUUCGACAAGGAGGGCAAUGGUACGGUGAUGGGGGCUGAACUCCGCCACGUUCUGGCCACUCUGGGCGAGAGGAUGACCGAGGAUGAGGUGGACCGUCUCAUGUUUGGACAGGAGGACGCGAACGGCUGCAUCAACUACGUUUCAUUCAUCAAACACAUCCUCUCUGGGUGAACUAGAGAGGACAAGACCAUCUAUCUUGUGCUUCAUGUGUGUUCCUGGACUGUGCGUGGAUUUCAACAACUAAAAGACAUUAGAAAACAUGGGAAUGGCAAGCUGAAUGUUGGUAAAUGUCAAAUAAAGAUCUCGAUUUCUCAGCUUUA